ACGUGAGAGAAGGGGAUGCGAUUGUCAGGGGGCGGAGCUUAGCAUCAGGCAAUACCCUGUUUCUUUCGCUUGCUGCCUCUCUGUCGCUCUCCAUCUUCAUCCACCUGCCGCCACUUCUCUUCUCUCCUCUUUUGCUCUUGUACUGCUCUCAUCCUUCACCACAGACUGUAUUGUCAUAUUUCUUAGCAACAGGUUCAACAGGAUUAAGACGCGCAUGUGUGUGUAUGUAUGUAUGUGCGCAUUUUUUUUUUUCCCUCUUUAAUGGCACUUUGCCUGCUCUCCUGAACCAGCAGUGUGUGUGUGUUUGUGGAGAGAAAGCAAAGGGCGGCUGGGGUGUGUCUGCACCUCUUGUGUAUGAGAGAGCAAGGAGAAAGGCGCCAGAGCAGCCGGAGAAGGAAGGAUGGUUUUGCCGAUAGCGCUGCUCCUGCGAGUGUGUGUCUCCGGGGCGACCAAGCCCUGCCCCCUCUCGCCAUGAGCCGGGUCAGCCGCGUCUCCUGCUCCAUGCUCAACUGCUUCGGUGAGGAGGGGCCUCCCAGUCUGGAGUACAUCCAGGCCAAGGACCUGUUCCCCCAGAAAGAGCUGGUCAAAGAAGACGACAGUCUACAGGUGCCUUUCCCAGCCCUUCAAGGCGAAGGGGUGGAGUUUCUGGGCCGCGCCGAUGAUGCCAUCAUCGCCAUCUCUAACUACAGACUGCAUAUUAAGUUCAAAGACUCCAUUAUCAAUAUGUACCCCGGUGUGGACACUGAGAUCUCUGUGCCUCUCAGGCUGAUUGAAAGUGUGGAGAGCAGAGAUAUGUUCCAGCUGCACAUCAUCUGUAAAGACUCCAAAGUAGUGAGGUGUCACUUCUCCACGUUUAAGCAGUGUCAGGAGUGGCUGAAGAGGCUGAAUCGAGCUAUAGCUCACCCCUCCCGUCUGGAGGACCUGUUCGCUCUGGCCUACCACGCAUGGAGCCUCGGGGGCUGCGCUGACGAUGAAGACCAGCACCUACAUCUCUGCAGACCAGGUGAUCAUGUUCGUCACAGGAUGGAGAUGGAGGCGAGGAGAAUGGGCUUUGACAUGCAAAACGCCUGGAGAGUGUCCGACAUCAACAGCAACUACAAACUGUGCUCCAGUUAUCCUCAGAAGCUACUGGUGCCUGUGUGGAUCACAGAUAAAGAACUGGAAAGUGUGGCCUCUUUCAGGUCCUGGAAGAGAAUCCCAGUAGUGGUCUACAGGCACCAGAGGAAUGGCGCAGUGAUAGCACGCUGCAGUCAGCCUGAGAUCAGCUGGUGGGGAUGGAGGAACACUGAAGACGAGUACCUGGUCACAUCCAUCGCCAAAGCCUGCGUGCUGGAUCCGGGACCCCGGGCUUCCUGCAGGACACGAGGGGACGGGGCCGACUCUUCUGACUGCGACUUCGACUCCUCCCUGGCGGUGGGCUCAGGUCCUGAUGCCAGCACUGCACCACAGAAGCUGCUGAUCCUGGAUGCGCGAUCCUACACUGCCGCAGUGGCCAACCGCGCCAAGGGGGGUGGCUGUGAGUGUGAAGAGUACUACCCAAACUGUGAGGUGAUGUUCAUGGGCAUGGCUAAUAUCCACUCCAUCAGGAACAGUUUCCAGUCUCUGAGAGCUGUGUGCAGUCAAAUCCCUGAUCCUGGCAACUGGCUGUCUGCACUAGAGAGCACGCGCUGGUUGCAGCACCUGUCUGUCAUGCUGAAGGCGGCGACUCUGGUGAGUUCUGCCGUGGAGAGGGAGGGACGUCCAGUGCUGGUACACUGCUCUGACGGCUGGGACCGCACGCCUCAGAUUGUGGCUCUUGCCAAGGUCCUGCUCGACCCCUACUACAGAACCAUCGAGGGUUUCCAGGUGCUGGUGGAAACUGAGUGGCUGGAUUUUGGUCAUAAGUUUGCGGACCGCUGCGGUCAUGGCGAGAACGCUGAGGACGUGAACGAGCAGUGCCCGGUCUUCCUGCAGUGGCUUGACUGUGUCCAUCAGCUCUUAAAACAGUUUCCCUGCCUGUUCGAGUUCACUGAGGCCUUUCUGGUGAAGCUGGUGCAGCACACAUACUCAUGUCUGUAUGGAACAUUCCUGUGUAAUAAUGCCAGAGAGCGAGAAUCUCGAAACGUCUACAAGCGGACAUGCUCUGUCUGGUCACUGCUACGUGCCGGCAACAAGAACUUUCAAAACUUUCUCUACAUCCCCUGCCAUGAUAUGGUCUUGCAGCCGGUGUGUCACACGCGAGCAUUGCAGUUGUGGACGGCUGUGUACCUGCCCACCUCGUCCCCAUGCACCGCAGCCGAGGACACUAUGGAAAUCUACCUGAGCCCCUCGUCCCAGGGAGAGGAGCUCACCUCACGCUCACUCGACAGGCUACCCAAGACGCGUUCGAUGGACAACUUGGUGUGCGCUUUUGAAAAUGGCGUAGCUCUCACGCGCACCUCCAGUGAUCCCAACCUCAACAAGCACUGCCAAGAGGGACGGCCCCCUCUGGAGCCAAUGAUGGGCCAGGGUGGCAGUUUCACAGACAACCUAGAGUUUACCUCUGACACCAAAUUGGGUAGUGAGGACCAGGAAGUGGGUGCAGAGUGUGAGGAGAUGCCACCCUCACCCUCUCCAAAGUCUGAUCAGGACAGCUGUGUGGAUAACAGGCCAGAACUGUGUCUCACCACACAGCCUUUGCCAUCCUUGCCUCAUCCCUUAACGUUAGACCCGGUUUCUCCCCUGUCACAAGCCCCGCCCAUUUUACACCAAACUUUGCUUCAAAUCACCAGCCCUACCCUCCCACCAUUACCACAGGAAGUGCAGGCUAGGACUGUUAAUUCCACUUGCACGUUCACUACUACUGAGGAUCCACCUAAUACUCCGAUGUCAAAUGGCAUAGAGAAGGAAAAGAGCACCACUGAGACACUUGGCUUCCCUUCACCUGCUGCUGCGGAGCUUUUAGAGAUCAAAAAACUCACUACUCUUGUCCAGUUGGAGGAUUCCACUGAAACCAUAAAGGAUGAGUAUGGCACCAUGGCAGAGCUGCAUUCUGUUCAGAAGGUCAACACUGGAAAGACUCCGGUCUCAGCCCUGGCUACAAAUGAUGAAAAGUGGACUCAGAGUGUUAAGAAACUCCUCCGUGCCCAGUCUGGUAGUAGCAACGGAGGGUAUAGAGAGGCUCAGCGAAAUCUGAGCAGUCCCGUCCAGCCUGGUUGGAUGUCAGCGGUGAAAAACGCUGCACUCUGCACUUCUUCGUCCUUUUCCUCAGCCCUGGGACCAUCGUUCCGGCAAAUUCCGUCGGUGGCUCACUGUGUGGACGACGACGGCCUGCCGGUGCCGCUGGACGCCGUGCAGCAACGCCUACGCCAGAUUGAGGCGAGCUACAAGCAGGAGGUGGAGGUGCUGCGGCGGCAGGUCAAGCAGCUGCAGAUGAAACUGGAGAGCAGGCAGCACAGCUCACCACCAUCUGAGCCAGAUAUCUACUACGAGGACGACAUUACAUGCCUCCGAGAGUCAGAUGAUGGCGACGAAGAGGACUCUCUGUCAGCCCACAGUGAGGACCGCCUCAGCGAGGGCAGCUGGGAUCGAGUAGAGAGAAAAGAUACCGAGGUUACCAGAUGGGUUCCAGACCAUAUGGCCUCGCAUUGCUUCAACUGUGACAGUGAGUUCUGGAUUGCUAAGAGACGCCAUCACUGCAGGAACUGUGGAAACGUGUUCUGUAAAGACUGCUGCCACCUGAAGCUGCCCAUCCCCGAUCAGCAGCUUUACGAUCCAGUGCUAGUGUGUAACUCAUGCUACGACCUGCUGCUGGAGAGCCGAACGAGGGAACUUCGCUCGCAGCAGCUCAAAAAGCCCAUCGCCACAGCCUCGAGCUGAGCACGCUAAUCAGAUUCCCACCCUGUGGGCUUCCCAGGCCCCCUUACGUAGGUGCCAUGAGAGUCACCUGCUGUUUUUGCAGAGAAGCAACGCCCACGCUGGUUAGUGAGGAUUCAUGGGUCGUUUCAUGAGCUGAAGCACUGCGAGGAAGUGGGCAAGCAAAAACUGGACUCAGUCAGGGAAUGGAUUUAUGACUGAAUGGAGUCUGAAAAGAGAGAAAGAGGUGAAGAUUUUUUUUUAAUCACAUAGAGGAGCUGAACUAAUUAAUCUCCUCUCUCGUUGAGGGAGAAAGCCUAAUGGAGAAAAGUCCACCAGGGGGCGCUGUGGCUAAAGUGACCCUGAUGUGAAAAGCUGUUUCAUCUCAAAAAGAAGUCACAUUAUAUCCAUAACUGUUGAAAUCUGUGCGUCAUGGUAUGAACACACAGAUUUAGCCCUCUCGAACUUAUAUUAAAUACAGCCACAAAUAUAAACGUACCUUAAAGGACAAUCUCUCGUCUGCCCUGAAGCCAGUGACUCCAAGGUCUCGUGCUCCACCCAGAGGCUCGCCGUAUAAAAGAUGAUGCUGCUGCUACAGUAUUUAAAAGAAAUCUAAUUUUGUAUCAUUAUUUUGUGCACUCUAAGCUGUUGUAAAUUUGAGGGAAAUCUGAGACCAAACCGAGGGUGAAAGGGAGAAAACAUGCGGUUUGUUUACUCUGUGGUCUGAACUUGAAUGUAGUGUUUGUCUUUUUUUUGUAUGUCUGAGGGGAGUCACUGAAGAGCUGUUGCUGGAUGUUGCCAUUUGAAACUGAUCUGAGGCCAGUUUUAAUGGGAAAAACCUUUGCAUGUGUAGUAGGAGCUUGUCACUGUGUAAAGAGCUUCUGUACAAAAGGGGGAGACAAAUGAACAACAACAAAAGAUGGGUAGUGUGCUUGUUUCUUUCUGCCUUUAAUGGAGAAAAAAGUGUACUAAAGGAUGCCGUAGCAAUGUUGCACUGUUCCUCCUUGUUGCAGUACUGUUCUUAACAUGCUCUUGUCAUUUAGGGGAAUCCUAAUUACCACCACUAAUGAUUUGAGAUAACUACAGUUUAACAUGCAGGAGAAUAAAAUAUUUUGAAGGAGCACUUUGUAAUCUGUAAAGCCCCCUGCUGCCUGUGAGGUGAAUUACAAUUCUACUGAAACUACCUGUGCCUCAUGGGGUAACUGGGUCAACUGAGGAAAAGGGGCAACUGGUGGUGCCAGAAAAAUGUAAACAUUAAAUAAGUAAAAUGGCCAGAUCCAUUACAUGGCAAUAUCAGUUGUUUUCUGUUAUAUGUAAAAUUAUAUAAUUAUAUCUUUAAACAUCACAAACGGCACCUUUAAUAACUGCUGAAAUAACAUGUUAGCAAGUUAGCUGAUGAGCAUGCUAGUUUGCUAAAACCCUGUGUGCCGUUACAAGGAAAUAGGCUGUACAAAAAUUACUACAGAAAUCGCAAAACUAGAUUUUUAUGGCAUGUUAAAAACAGCGUUGAAACACGGGGAGAGAAUGAUUUGGGAUAUUAAGAAAGUUCAGGGUUAAAAUCAGAGCCAGUGAAUUGUUCAGACCCGAGUAAAGUUUCAUUUUAUGUGUUUCUGGAUUGGAACAUGCAGAAUAGCAUUAUGUUAACCCUCAAAAAAAAAAAAAAAAAAAAAACCUUUUUCAUUUUUCUAUCAGACAUGGUUCCUAGCUGUACAUGUAUUGUUUUAUUGUGUUCCUUGAAAUACUAGUGCCAUUUAUUUUAAUUUUGUUUUUUUCUUUCUCUUGUGGAAUGCACCAUGUCACUUAUCAGUAACGACUAAACAUGUAUAAUGGUACGAAUACUUAGCAAGUGAGUAUUUUCUGAGGUUCUGCGAUGCCUAAUGAUGUAGGUCUUUUUUUUUUCAAAUGGUGAAUUGAUGAAGGAACACCUUUGAUUUAGAAAAAAAAAAAACCAAACCCACUGUAAUAUAUAUAGUUAUCUGUACUAGUGGCUGGAAUUUGUCACUUAGUAAAUGUUGUAAAGAAUUGCACUGUUCAAGUCAAGUCCCAUGGGGCAAAUAAAAAAUGUCUGUGGGA